CCCACCUCCCGACCAGGAGCUCGCGUUAGUUAGUCGCGACUCGAGCCCCGGGGUCGCGUCUGGAUUGGCGGCGGGCAACAUUGUCUACCAUCCAUCUUGGGCACUGAGAAACCUGGACCAUCAGACUCAUUUGGCAUGCCAGAGGCAGGGCUGGUCCUUUGUCUUUCACCACCAGGUCUUAAGGAAGGGCGCAAGUGGGAUCCAUCCUGUGACUGACUGACUUUCUGGAAGAGUGAAGCAUGUUAUAGGCUGAUUAGAGGCUCAGCAAACACUGGUACCUGUUCUGCCCUGGCUUCUAGUGACCAAGCAGAAGCAGCGAGGUCACUUAAUAUAGAGACCAACGGCCUCAUGGAAGACAGCUCUCCGCAUUCCUUUGGGCUUGGUGUAUAUCAUAAUCAUAAAGUGACUCUUGUUAACGAUACAAUCCCCAGGACUAAAAGGCCCUUAGACUUGCUAGAGGAGGAUGAGCCCCUGCAAUCAGAUGCUAAGAAACGGCGCCACUUGAGUCAUUAUUGUAGCACUCCAUGUCCAUCCAAGAAACUAUCACUGUGCUCCCCAGACUCUGCCUGCUUCCUGGGCUCCUCUGGUUGUCUGGAUGAUACUGAGCUGGAGAACAUUGUCAUCCGAGUUAGUCUUCCAGAAGACAGUGUGGUAGCCCUUUCUGUGAAUACAGCCCGAUGUUUUGAUGAUAGUGAGCCCGAUGACUCUUUGCUGGAACCCUCAGAUGAUGAACAAGGGAACUCUCCCUUCAAUUACACUGAGGAAGAGUGUAGGGAAAUGUUAGCAGAUGAUUGCUUAGGAGAUGACCAGAACUCCACUGGAGAGAGUGCUUUAGUGAAUCAAGAGGUAUGGGGACAAAGUGAGAAGGAAGUGAGUAGCAACUGUAAUUUGGCAUCAGUCCCCCCGGAAGGCACAGAGACAUCAUUCAGGACCAUAGAUGAGUUAGUAAGUAACGAGUCUCUAUCUCAGACUGGCUCUUCAGUUAAUCCUGGAUAUUUUCAAAUUCUUGAGGAUGAAACAGCUAAUUCUGAGGGUGAAGAAUGCUUGAAUGUGGACUGCUUGAAAUCAAAUCAAGUCACUUGUACACUUGACUGUGAUCUUCAGGGGCCUCUAAAUCUUUCCCCAACUGAUGCAGAUUCAAUAGAUCCGCCAAAGGGGGAUGAUGGCUUGGAGGAAACUGGUGAGAAAGCUUCACAAGUAAUAAGAGAUGACCAUCUACAAAAUGCAAGCAAACAAAGUAUAGAGUAUGAUGAAAUCAGUUCUAAUAGCUUGGUUGUUGAAGAGUCCCUUGAGUGCCUGGCUUCUAAAGAGCACCACAGUGGGGGCCUGGAUAGUGUGGAAAAGCUGCCAUCAGAAAUCAAAGAGUCAUCUCCCUUCUCUGAUGCACACAUUAAAACUUCUACAUACUGUCCUGACCCUGCCUGUGGUCAAAGUAAGGACAAAGUGGAGAAUCCAGCACCUGUACUGCUACUGCAUUCGGAAACCUCUAAUGUCGUCUUAAAUCAGGACCCUUCCAGAGGAACAGACAAUGGAUUAUCAGGGACCUUUGGCUCCCAAAAGGAAGAUUUGAGCCAGCAAUCCACAUCUGUUGAAGAAUCGUCAGACAAUCUUAAAUUAAACUCUGUAGUGUUAGACCAGAACUGUGGGGAAGACCGUACCUGUGGGAAGAAGCUAGGCAAAGUCAUUCCCGUGCCACAGGUGGAAGAAAGACCAAAACAACGGAUAUGCAUUUCUGAAGCAGAACUUGAGCAAAAGAAGCAUAUUUAUAUCCAAUGUGUGCGUGCCCAUGUAAAGAAUUCCACGGAUCCUACACCAGAUGCAUUAAAUGAGUUGUACGCUCUGAUGAAUAAGGUUGCCAGCAGGGAGUACCGAACCCAGGACCGCAGAUGGCAACAUCCAUCAGACCUCACCAUGAGAAAAUACCCAAGGUUCUCCAAGAAACCCACCCAAAAGUGCAGCCUUAAGCAAUGGGUGAGCCGGAACUUGGCCCACCACCGUCGCUUCCGGGACAUUCCUGACCACUUCCAGCGUAGCUCUGUCACAGCAUCCUCCAAUGUCUGAGCUACUCGUUACUGAGGGAGUGUGCUCUGUUUUUUCUCCAUUUAAAGUUAGUUUUUAAUUGUCCUGUAGCUUAGCUGUUUGUCUCUUGAUUGUUUGAUCUAUGGAUUGUUCUGUUUUUUAAUAAGGCCAGUUUGAGGAUUUUGCGUGUCUUUAUUUUGGAGACCUUCAGAACCUCCUUUUAAAUACAGGUUAAAUAUGUGAUCUGUUCGGUACAGGUAACUCUUUGUAGCAUUUCUUAUCAGUAUUUUCCUUUGAAACAAAAGCAAGCUUUCCAGAGAGCAGCUGACAAGCAAAGGUAUCCCCACUCUGCAAAAGGAAGUCACGCCUAACAAGAAAUCUAAUGGAUAUACUGUUCAGUUAUGGGAGCUGGAUGAUGCAAUUUAGAAUGGAAAUCUUUUUGCCAGAGCCUGAGCUCAGAACAAAGCUUUUAAGUUUUUUUAGAGCAACUGCUAGGUUCCCUUUGGACACCAUUCAUGCUGGAAUCAGCUGUGUGGUCGGUGUCCUUUUUAUGAAGGUUGACAAAGGCAGUGUUCUGGGUUGACACAUCAAGUUGGCAUAAAUUAAGAGGCAAUUGGAGAACAGCCUAUUUUUCCCCAUUCCUCAAAUUUACGUGCCUCCCUUGUUUGUCAUCUUCAGUUAUAGCUUUUCUUUGUAAAACGUUACAUGUAGAUUUGCACUUUGUUGAUAGUGUUUAUAAAUAAUUUGCACUUUCUAAAUGUCUCUUGUUUUUGAUGCUAGUGUGUGUGUGUGUGAGUGUGUGAGCAGACCCUUUCCUGUCCCCUGCCCUUUCUUGCAAUGUAGUUUCCUACCCAUGUUUUAGGAAUAACAGCAACUGUAACUAAAUGAGCCAACGUGCUCUAGUUGGAGAGCUGGUCUGAUGCUCUGAAGUGAAGACAGUAGAGAGAUCGGAACCAACAGCAAGGAGAGAACUUGUAGCUUCUGCCAUAUAUUGGAUAGCAGCCUUGAUGUGAAUGCUUCCUUAGUCACUUACCUAUUUUCUGGUGAGUCCAUACCAGCUCUUCUGCCCGCGGCCUUUCUUGGACCCCAUCAACAGUUAAGUGGGUGUGUUCUGGUCUCGUGUCCCCUUACGAUAAACAAAUUCUUCAAGGAGGCUUUUUAUUUUUUUUAAAGGGCAUGUUAACCAAGAUAGCCUGGGUCACUGCAGUGAAGAAAGCUGAAGCUUUCAUGACCACCCUAUCUAGCAAGUGCCGGAACAAAGGGCUGCUGGACUGGCACCUCCCUUCCUUGUAGGAUGAGGCGAAGUGAAUGAUUAACAACGGCCUCCUUACCUGCUCUUGGCUCAUCAGUUAUCUCCGUGUAAAUAGCAGAUUUGCUUAUUGCUUUGCAUGGUGUAGUUCUAACCUAGUCCCUGGGGCAGAACAACACCACAGUGUAAAAUCGACAAGUGAAAAAUGAAGAUCAUUUAUUGAACUGAAUACAUUUAUCAUUUCCAUCUAGGUAUUUAUAGAAAUUUAAAGUGACACGUAUCUCAUACAAACUACUUCAGGGACUUUAAAAAGCUUAACAAACAAAUGUGGAGCAGCUGGCAGAGCAGCUCUCUGUGCCUCAGGAGUAGGACUUCAUAUUGCCUUAUUUGUUGUCUCAGUAUGGUAUACGGGGACUAAGGAGGGGCCCGGGCUUAGCUAGCAUCACUUAUCGCCAUUCCUCCACAAAAGACCUGUCGUGUAGUAGCUGUGGAUUGAGGAAUGGGACUUAUUCCAUAAUUUGUCAGUUGUGUGGUAGUAAGUACAUACAUAGGAAUCCCAUUGUCACUAGGCACUUCCCGUAGUUCUCUGUAGCUUUGGCAGCUUAACUAGGAGGAGGAGGAAAAGUAGUUCCUUGUAGCUAAAAUCAACUUCCCUGAGAAGGAGCAACUCAACCACUGCAAUGUUAGAUUCUCUCAGUGGACUCUCUAGCCUCAAACACAUACUCAAACUGCCUUUAAACCUCCACCUAUGCUUGCUCUUCUUGUUCUUGCUAGUUACUUACCCCUCUAAACAAAAACUCGACUGUUAUGUGAGUGGGUGGGGAGACCAUCCUUUUAUAAAACUCCUAAUGGAAGAGAUCACCUCAAAUAUGCAAGAGUACACUUCUGUUCCACAUCCCUUAACCAAUGUUUGUCCAGCCAUGAGUGUUUGCUUCAGGCAGGUUUUCUUUCUUUUAAUUACAUGGAAGAUGCUGAAUGAAAACUAGAAUUUGUGAAUACAUUUUAAAUGAGAAAGUAUCAGUGUAGUCCAUGGUAGCUUUAUGUGUUACAGUAGUUCUUUUCUACUGUAUUAAAGGACCAUUAAGCACAGGCUGUAUAACUGUUUCACCUAAAUGCUCUAUGUAAAGCAUUUACAAAGCAAUCCAUCAACAAUGGGUGACAAAAUGUUUCUUGAGUACAGUACAUGGAGUAAUAGCAACAUGGAGUCAACUUCACGCCCUGAUUUUCUCUGGCAGCUGACAGGAAAAAUGACAAGAGCGAAGCAUUGAACAAGUCGGAACCAUUUGGCAAAUCUCACAAGGGCUCUCCCCUUUUAUCAGAUUUUCUCGUGGCAGCUUUGGCUAAUGUAAUUUUAAAAAAUAGCCCUAUGCCCAGGUUUUCUUUUUCAGUGUCUCUCUCUGUGUUCAUGUACUAUAUUUUACCCUUGUGUCGCACCUUUCAAUUUUGGAUCUCUAGGAGCUUAACAGUUUACUCACCUUAGUAAUCAUUGUUUUAUAAGUGCAGUGACUGUGGCACAGAGAGGUUAAGUCACACCGUGAGUCAACAGUGGAGCUCGGAAUGGGACCUAGGGUUGCCUGACUCCUAGCCCCCUGCUCUAACUUCUAUAUACUGCAUUUGUUAAUGAAAGAGACCAUUUUGCCUGCCACCGUGGAGUCCCAGGAAGGCUAUUAUAAGGGUGUGUCAAUUUGCCACUAGUCUGUAAAUGCUGAGGUGGGAGUGUGCCCAAUUUUUAAGGCUAUGUCAACGGCUGAAACACGCAUCUUUUAGAAAACCUCUCCAAUCAGAAGUAUCCCAAAACCAAAAUAGCAUCUCUUGUGAUUUUAGCACUCUAAUCCUACUUGUUGGGAGCCUUGCAUAGAAUGGGAAAGUAAUAUCACUUGGCAGCUACUGAUUGGGGAGGCGAGAUUGUUAGCACCAUUCUUACAGUGGCCAUUGUCUU